ACGCAACACACACAAUGUUCAGGACAGCAGCGCGGCAAUUUGCCGCCUCGGCGCGCCGGAGUGCGGACGCUGUCUCCUUCGAGGCCCACCACCAGACGGCAAUUGGCAUUUCCAAGGCGCAGGGAGUCGGACAGCGGGGCUUCCUUGAUGCGAUUGGCAACACGCCUUUGAUCCGUCUCAAGAAGCUCUCCGAGGAAACCGGCUGCAACGUACUGGGCAAAGCCGAGUUCCAGAACCCAGGCGGCUCCGUCAAAGACCGCGCCGCGCUCUUCGUCGUCGAGCACGCCGAAAAAGCCGGCCUGCUCAAACCCGGCGGCACUGUCAUCGAGGGCACCGCCGGCAACACGGGCAUCGGGCUCGCCCACGUGUGCCGCUCCAAGGGCUACAAGCUCGUCAUCUACAUGCCCAACACGCAAUCGCAGGGCAAGAUCGACCUGCUGCGCCUGCUCGGCGCCGAAGUCUACCCCGUCCCCGCCGUCGCCUUCGACAACCCAGAGAACUACAACCACCAGGCCAAGCGCCACGCCGACCGCCUCGACAACGCCGUCUGGACCAACCAGUUCGAUAACACCGCGAACAGACAGGCUCACAUCGAGACCACGGGCCCCGAGAUCUGGUACCAGACAGAGGGCAAGAUCGAUGCGUUCACGUGCGCCACCGGCACCGGCGGUUCGCUUGCAGGCACUACGCGCUACCUCAAGGAGAAGAGCGGCGGCCGCGUCAAGGCGUUCCUCGCGGACCCGCCCGGCAGCGUGCUGCACAGCUACAUCCAGUCAGGCGGCAAGCUGGCGGAGCGCCAGGGCGGCUCGAUCACCGAGGGCAUUGGGCAGGGCCGUGUGACGGAUAACUUGCGCCCGGAUAUCGAUCUGCUGGACGGCAGUGUGCAUAUCAGCGACGAGAAGACGAUUGAGAUGGUAUACCGCUGUCUGGAUGAGGAGGGGCUGUAUCUGGGUGCCAGCUCGUGCUUGAAUGUUGUGGCGGCCAAGGAGGUCGCGGAGAAGCUGGGCAAGGGGAGUACCGUCGUGACGCUGCUGUGCGAUGGCGCGUACAGGUAUGCGGACCGUCUGUUCAGCAGGAAGUGGCUGGAGGAGAAGAAGCUGUACGGCGCGAUACCGGAGCGUUUGAGGAAGUACAUCGUGCUGCCGUAGACAUCUAU